AUGAAAUUGAGUUACACAAUUGGAAUUGGUAUUGAUAUUAUAAAUAUUACAAGAUUUGAAAGAUUAUUAGAGAAAGGUGGGACAUUUACAAAUAGACUUUCAAAAAGAAUUUUGCACCCAAAUGAAUUGUUAAAGUUUAAUAAACUAAAUGGGAAAAGAAAAAUUGAAUUUAUAACUGGUUCGUGGGCUUCAAAAGAAGCAUUGUUUAAGACAUUAGAUAUAGAAGAUCAGAAACAGUUUAAUUUCAAUCAAUGGUAUAGAUCUUAUAAUAAUCAUGGUAAACCAUUUAUAUGGAAUGAUGCUUAUUUUAAAAAUGAAGAAUUUCAUUUAAGUUUAUCUCACGACUCAUCGUUUAUAAUUGCAACGGUUUUACGACAAAAAAUAUAUAACAACGUAUAA